UGCCACAACUGCGAGUCGCAGACAGCGGUGCGCCUUGCUUUUAAUAGCUUUCUCUUUCUUUCCCAUUUCCUCCAUUGAAGACAUUUUUUUUCUGAAAAAUUUUCUCCCCAAAUUUCAUCUUCCUCAUUCACAAUCAGUUAAAGCAAAAAAAAAAAAAAACCAUUUUUUUUGGUUGAAAUAUUGUUCGUCCCUACGAUUGUGGUGCCUCAACUCUCAACACAGCAAAAAAUUCAGUUGAAAUUUCAAGCUUUUUACAGGAUAAAAUCGAUUUUUAAGGUAUGGAUCCUCCACAAGUGACUGUACAUUCUGGUCCAGAAGUUUAUGAUGUGCUAACGUUGCAGGCGGAACAUCGAUCACAAAGUGUGUGGAAUGGGACCUUGAGGGGAGAGAAAGCAUGUCUACAUCCACGUCGUACAGAUCAUGAAUUAUGGCAACAUUUGAAGCAUCGUCCUUUGCAUCCCCGUAUUCUUGACUAUUUUGGCAGGUGUGGAUUUAGGGGAGUUGUAGAGGUAGGAUGUGUUCCAUAUGAUUGGGGAGUCAUUACUGCACUAAUUGAGAGGUGGCGUCCAGAGACACAUACUUUCCACAUGCGUACAGGUGAGGCAACGAUCACAUUGCAGGAUGUCGAGCUCAUGUUUGGCAUGUGUGUAGAUGGUGACCCUUUGCUUCAAGCUGGUGCUAGAGAUAUCUCUGUUCAGGGGUGGCAACAGUUGAUCUACGAGCUUACUGGUUGGGCACCUGAUGAGAAUUGCUUUACUGGCGUUAGUAGGUUGUAUGUAGGUAGUUUAGUUGCAUAUAUGGACGGCUUAGAUGCUAUUACAGACCAAUCGGCCGAGGUUAAUGUGCAACAAAGAGUUAGGUUGUAUCUAUUAUGGUUGUGCGGUGGCACAAUAUUUCCUGAUAAGUCCGGUUGUAAACUUAGUUUAGACUUUCUACUAGAUAUGCGGGACCUUAGCACAAUGGGAACACAAGCUUGGGGAGCAUCCGCAUUGUCGUACCUGUACAAUUGUCUAUGUCGUGCUUCAAUGUCCGCAGCAAGUGAUGUAUGUGGAUUUCUUUCUUUGUUGCAGGUCUGGGCUUGGGAGCGACUAAUCCCGAUGCAACCAUCAUUGCGUCCUCCAAGAGAACCUAUGUCUCCACCUGAGCCACUUACGGCACUUGCACGAAAGUGGACUCGUUGUAGAGUUCGCCAAAAUGAGGUGCGAGGUGUGCUUGCCAUUUGCAGGGAUGUAUUAGACAACCUAAAUGAUGGCCAGUUUGUUUGGGAGCCUUAUUCAGAGACUAUCAUUAAUGGGCUCCCUGAGUGGUGCCAGCGUGGCCGAGAUGUUUGGAUGGCACAAACACCCUUAAUUUGUGGAAUCUAUCGUGAGUGGCACAUGGUAGACCGUGUCCUAAGACAGUUUGGUAGGGAGCAACAUAUUCCUGGACCAUGCACUACAUUUGACCACCUUCAUUUCAAGCGUGACAAGCGAUUUAGGGUAACACAACAAGAUAUACAUUAUUUUGAGUUUAUGGCUGCUUUUUGGGCACAUCGUCGAGAUAACAUAAUUCGUGCUGAGCUAUUGAUUGAAGCUUCAAGGUCACGAUUAGAGUACUUUGAUUGGUAUCACCGUCACUCACGGAUUUUUAUAGGAAAUCCAACUCAUGAUGUGGAUAGGGGAUAUCAACACAUGGCAGGCAGACAUGAGGCAUUGGCUCGAGGACAUCAAAAUUCAUAUAAGUUGGCUCUCAGUGUCGGGAAUGAUCCUACCGCGUCUGAUGCAGAGAAGGUUUUGGCAGAGAAGUUCAGCCGCAUUUCAGUGGAGUCUAUGACUGCUGCCUCCCUGGGGACGCGGUUGAGCUUUGCUCCAGAUUAUACACCACCAACUGAAUACGAGGAACCACCUAUUGUGCCUGUUCGACGUCGUCAAAGGCAAGCUGUACAUAGGGAUGAGGUACGUAGUAGAGGACCUCGAGGGGGGCGAGGUCAACGUCGUGUGGAUCGCCAAUUGGUUGAUGAAACCUGUACAUCCAUUUCAUUAUGGCGCGAACCUCCUAUAUAUUGAUGUGUGACGUGCCAUAAUAUGUGAGUGAAGUUUUGCAAGUAUGAUUUUUGCAAUAGGAAAGCAAUUGCUUUGGGUAAUAGAAUUAUUUUUU